ACUUUAUUUCAUAUUAAAAUUUCGUGGAGACCACCGUACGACCGGAAGUAGGCCAUAGGCGUUGACCCGGAAAUAACUGGUUACUGUUGAGAACACACAGGUAGAAAAAAAGUUUAGAAAACCUGAGUCACAAGUGCAUGCUGUCCUGCUUUGACCUAACGACUGAUGUCCCUCUCUAUCCUCCUUCGCAGUAAAAUUAUGAACUCACUUGACAAUAUUGCAUCAGUCUUCGUGUGAACGACUCUUCAACUGUUUUGCUGAUUGAUGGAAAGGAAACCUUCUAUGAUUCAUCAGUUCAACUCAAAAGAUGAGAAAAGGACUGUCUGCCAGUGCUUGGAGUUUGAGAGUUUUGAGAAACAUAUUUUCAUUUAGAAAAGACACAGUUCACACAGCCAACUCCAAUAGGUAUACAAAAACAACAAAGGCUGUAGCUGACAUCGGAACAAGAUCGCAUAACCGACUGCAUGAUGUUGAAUUUUGUGGGAAAAAUGAGGUGCCUGGAACCCUGACAUGUCUAAACAGUCCAAGAACUUUGGAAUCUACUUAUUUAAGUCAACUGCUCCGGUUUCAGCAUCCAACUCACAACAGCUGUCUUGUGUCGUCGAGAGGCAGUUUCCCCUAUGGGACUUCAUGUGUGGAAUUUUGGGGACAGACAGAUGGAGCAUUCCACAACUCAACUGGUGAAUUUUCUCCUACACGUGAUUCCUCAGUGAGACAUAUUCAUGGUCACAAAAUAUUGCUACUGCAAUUGCCAACAGUUGAAAACUCGUGCUUUAUUUCGCAACAGCGUGGGAUCCACAGACAAAUAAACAAAAAGCAUGGGAACAGCCAGACUCCAAAGAACAGUAGUGCCUCAAAGAACAGUUCACCAAGAGGACAAACUAGACAGGAUAGCUCUAAGGCCACCCCUGAUCAAGAAAAGUCACCAUCGUCAGAGACGUCAGCUGCUGGCUCUGACACUCCUGAGAAGUUGACUUUGUAUCAGCGAUUCAAGAAAACUUACAAGGAGCAUGGGAAAGUGUUGAUAGCAGUGCAUCUCUUCACUUCCUCAAUUUGGUUUGGUUCCUUUUACACAGCAGCAAGAUGUGGUAUAGAUAUUGUCCCCUACCUGGAAAGUUGGAAUUUAAGCGAGAAAAUCAUAUCCCCAUUUCGUUCUGGUGGGCUCGGUGACCUUGCUUUGGCCUACCUCAUGUACAAACUGGCUACUCCUGCGAGGUACACAGUGACGAUUGGUGGAACAAACUUGGCCAUCAGAUACCUCCGCAAAGAAGGCAAGUUGGAGCCGGUACGUAAAGAAGACACUCUGCGUUCCUUGUACAAGGAAGGCAAAGCUGAUCUGAAGCGGCGCUCGGAUCUCCGCAUGACGAGAAUCAGGAGAAUACGGAGUGGCAUUAGGAACAGGAACAGAACAAAACACAGAGAUCGCCACUGAGCAUGAGCUCAUCCAGAUAGUUUUGUAGAAUGACCAUGUGUUAUUGUUGUUUUUUUAUUUUGUGGUGUGUCUUUUUUGUGUGUGUGUGUGUGACUUUCGCUUCCAAAUUACAUUUUUAAUGGUUGUUAUUUUCUUCGUUAUAGAAAGAAAAAUUCCAAAGUUGUGACCCAACAUUGUGUAACACAGACUACAAACUCCUCCUAAGAAUAAUGCUUUUCAUCUUAUAGCUGCACCUGAGGUCGUGUGAGGAUCACAAAUAAUAUCAGUAAAGUUUUUUUUGUUUUGUUUUUUUGGAUGCUUUCUGAGUUAUUGUCCAACAGUAUCAAUUAAUCCAUUUGUCCGUUUAGGAUACUUUUGGAAGUUUCCGAAGUUUGUAAGCAAGCUGCCAUAUUUACAUGUACUUCAUGGAAGUUUACAAACUUACUAUGCACUUUCCUUUUGCGUUUGUUGGCAAAUUUGCUGUCUCUGGAUUACAUGUAUUUGGAGUUGGUUGUUUUUCUUCUUCCCCCCCUCUCCCCCCAAUUCGGAGAUGACUUAUUAUUUAUGAUGGAUCUACCAAAUAAAUGUGUUUCUAUUUUGCUAGGAUUGGUUAGGAUGAGUUUAACGUGUAAGAAUAGUGUGUGAAUCUUGCAGGUUAUAACAGUCUGCUUUCACAUUAGUUAGAAAUUUGUACAUUAGUCUUUCAGUAAUAAUCUGAUCAAUGUAGACAUAGCACUUCGUCAGUUAUUCCAUUGUACUGAUUUGACUCUUUAUUUAUAAAGACGUAGCUUUAGUAUGCAUGCUUCGAGAAUGAUUUUCUGAGUAAGUAUUUUUGUCGCUUUGCUCUUCAGGAGAGCAGUAAGAUAGUGGUCUACCUGUUUGUCAGUUAUUAUUAUUAUUUUGGAUCCCUUUUGUUCUGUUCUUUUUGUUGGUAAGAAGUCAGUUGUUCCUUUUCUGAUUUUUAAUUUUUUAAUACAAUGUAAUCGUUGCUGUGGUAAGGAAAAAAAUUAGUGACUCCCUCUGUUUAUUUUUGUGACUCUGUAAAACACGGUCAAAUGAGAGAACUAUUUUAUUUUUCUUUUAUUUUUUUUUUUUCGAGACAGUGACGAUAUGAUAUGGACAAAAUGAAAUUGUCAAUGCAUUAUAAUGGAAGUUAUUGUCCAUAUGAAAGUUGGCCUGCUUCAUACAUGACAGCAGACCAUUGUUCAGGAUGGUUAUUGUGCUGGUUAUUGCUUUACAGUUAUGUUAAAACCCUUUAGCUUUCACCGUGUUGUCAUGACAAGUAUUUUGUGUCUGUAUUUAAUUGUUACUCUUCUGACUGUGAGAAUUAUUUGGUGAAUCAUUGACGUGAAGUUUUUACUUGGAUUGUGACUGCUGAUGUAUUACUACUAAUAAAAAAAACAAGCUACGAUACCAUU